CUGCGCAGAAAGUUCUGUGAGUGCGGCCGCUGCUGGUCUCUUCCUUCCUCUGCUCUGAGGCCCCUGGCUUGGCUUGCGUGUUCUCGUUGGGCCGCAUCGGGACGGAAGAAAUAGCGGAGGCGGCAGCGUUGGCUCAGGGGAAUGAAGGAUGGCGGCACGCCGUGCAUUAAAAGCCGUUUUGGUAGAUCUCAGUGGCACACUUCACAUUGAAGAUGCAGCUGUACCCGGCGCACAGGACGCUCUUAAAAGGUUACGUACUGCUCCUGUUGCUAUUAGGUUUGUGACAAAUACAACCAAAGAGAGCAAGGCAGAAUUGUUAGAGAGGCUGAGAAAAAUGAAUUUUGAUGUUGCUGAGCAUGAGAUAUUCACUUCUCUGACAGCAGCCAGAAACCUAGUGCAGGAGAAGCAAGUUAGGCCCAUGUUGCUGAUUGAUGACCGGGCACUACCAGAUUUGAAGGGAAUACCAGUAAAUGAUCCUAAUGCUGUGGUCAUAGGAUUGGCACCAGAACAUUUUAAUUACCAAGUUCUAAAUCAAGCAUUCCGGCUAUUACUGAAUGGUGCUCCUCUUAUAGCAAUACACAAAGCCAGAUAUUAUAAGAGGAAAGAUGGCUUAGCCCUAGGACCUGGGCCAUUUGUUACUGGUUUGGAGUAUGCUACGGACACCAAAGCCAUAGUGGUGGGGAAGCCAGAGGGAAAAUUUUUCUUGGAAGCUCUUCGUGGCAUUGAUUGUGCACCAGAAGAAGUCAUUAUGAUUGGAGAUGACAGCAGAGAUGAUGUUGGUGGAGCUCAGAGUAUUGGCAUGCUGGGUAUCUUGGUGAAGACUGGGAAAUAUCGAACAGCAGAUGAAGAGAAAAUUAAUCCAGCUCCUUACUUAACCUGUGAGAGUUUCCCACAUGCUGUGGACCACAUCCUACAACAUUUACUAUAAGAAAGGAUAGCAACCUGAAACAACUUGAAAUGUAACUUUUUACUUCCCAGAAUUCAUCUUUGAAAACUCAUUGGGCCAGAAUAUACAGAAACAGGCCCUGGCCCGUUGUAACCCUCAUUUGUUGUGCAUUCAUUAAAGGGAAAGGUAUUGAACUUCAGCCAGUUACUAAACCUUGCUAAUCCUUCUUAUUUUAUUUUGUAAACAUAAGACCUAAAGAAACAAAAGCUGAAAUUUUUAUGCCAUUCCUUUUAAAAUAUUCAUCAGAUUAGACAGUCCUGAGAGAGAAAAUCCACCACAGGGAUGGCACUCUGCUUGUCUUUUAACUAUUACUUUGGGAGGGGGCAGUAUUCGGUGUAUGAGUAAAGUUGAAUCAGUUUUUUAAAUUAUAAAACAGUGUGUUGAAAGGUGCACCAGCCUGUAGUUUUAGUAUUGAUUGCAACUGUGAAAUCCAUCAAAUAUUUGAAGCAAAUGAAACAUGUAGGAAGUAAAAUGAAUUAUCCCUUAGACCAAGCAAUCAAGUGAAUUUGCUUUAACGAAUGAUGAAAACUAGAUUAUCUGCUGUAUUAUUCCCAUCAUGGGUGACUUUUUUUUUCUCUUCAUUAGCCAGAAACGACUAAUUUAAAUUUAGAGCCUGAUUUUAAUUUAAAAUAAUAUUACCAUUAAUAACCUAUUCAUUGCAGAUACCUAUUAUACUGUGUAACAGUUGUUUUGGAAAUUUUAUGUAAAAUUAAAACUAUCAGUAUUUUACAGAUGUUUUAAUUAGACAUUGUUAUUAACAGGAACAGUGCAGAAACUAAAAUCAAGCCUUUAAUGUCUUAUAGACCAUGCAUUUUUGAAGUUACUGUCCACCAGGGUCCUAUUAACUGUACAUUUGUAAGAUUUCAUUAUUUUUCCCUCUAACACUAUGGGAAAAAUCUUUUCGAAGCUUCUGGGACAUAUUCAAGCGUUUAUGUACUUGGUUAGUACAGCUGUAAAAUGAAAUCCUGUCAUUUAGCAUGGAUCAUUCUUCUCACGUUAAAUCCACCAAAAUGAAGGGGCCUAAGCUGGUAAUGAUUUCCCUAGCACAUUUGCAUACUGUGAUAAUCCCCGUCCUUUGCAGUUGUUGUACAGGGCUCUUGGGCAUUAAAUUAUUAGAAUGUAAUUGUACAUCAUCAUAGCAUUCACCUUAUUGAAACUCAUUGGUGUUAAUGAGCUAUGUGUUUUGGUUCUUCAUCGAGAGUGGGUUUGGAUAAGGCUGGAGUGGUUGAGAUGGGCGGCUUCUGUCCUUUUCCACAGGCCACCAAACACCACUUGAAUAUCAUAGACCACAGAAAGCCUGAGUUCAGAAAGCAUACGCUAGGGACACAGACGACAAUCAGCUGCCUUAAUCUUCCUCCAUGUUUUGGGAACUGCCAGGGUGGUUGUUCUGCCCUUUGGACUGAUUUCACUCAGCUUUAAAGCAGGAGAAACACUGCUCAAGAGGGGAAAGCUCUGAGCCUCAGUCUGGAUUUCCCGUAGUGUGUGCAUGUCAGCACCAAGGCCGUCUACAAUUGUGUGGUGUGGGGAGGAGGGAAUCUUGUUCAUAAUGUCUGAAUAUUUAGAAUUCACUUGACACCCAAAACAGUCAGCAGAAAUUAUGCUUAAUCCCAUAGUGAUUUCAGUGGGGAAAAAUACCCAAAACUUCUCUAAGGGUAAAAGUGACCAAUUUUUAGUCAUUCUGGGUAGGGUUCUAACCAUGGCAGUUGUUCUUAGGCACAUUUGAGUACAGAUUGCUGCAAGAUUUGCUGUUUUGGCUGCGUGCCCAUAAGAACCUGGUUCUUCCUGCCUUUUUAACCCCAAUUAAGUAGUUGAAUACCUGUUAAAUACCCAGCUCUGUACUAAGUACUUUAGAGAAUACAGAAAAGUAUCCUGCUCUCUGGGAUGAGAAGGCAAGACUAACACAUAAUUAGAGCACAGCACAAGCCAGCAUCUGGGAUGGAUUUUGCAGUGUGGACAACAAAGAAUUAUGUACCUUCAGAGAUGGGUGAAGUUGUGGGUUGAGUGGUUAGGAUCGGUUUCUUGCAAGAAGCACUAGUGAUACUACAGCUCUAAUGAGGGGAGAACUGGGCAUGAGGACAAUUUUCUCUAUUGUUUUGGUUUUUUUGUUUUUUUGUUUUUGCUGGGCAAUAGGGGUUAAGUGACUUGCCCAGGGUCACACAGCUAGUAAGUGUCUGAGGCCAGAUUUGAACUCAGGUCCUCCUGAUUCCAGGGCCGGUGCUUUAUCCACUUCGACACCUAGCUGCCCCCUCUCUAUUGGUUUUUGAAGAGCUUAUCGCUAUACUUUUCUGCAAAUAACAUGGCAAAUAUGGGCUAUAGCCUGCAUGUUCAGCAUGAAUGAUAUUCAGAGCAGCUAAAUGCCAUUUCCACUGAAGAAAAGGCCAAACAUGAGGAAAAAAAUGAGAAAAAUAUUUUAGUGAGAAAAUACCAAAAGACAUUCACAAGGGUGCCCAUAAUCUUUGAAGACUCCUAAGGUUUGAAUAAACUGGUAUGUUGACACAAUCCCAUAAACAUUCCCUUUAGAAAGGGAUUGAGGGGUAGCUAGGUGGCGCAGUGGAUAGAGUACCGGCCCUGGAGUCAGGAGUACCUGAGUUCAAAUCCGGCCUCAGACACUUAACACUUCCUAACUGUGUGACCCUGGACAAGUCACUUAACCCCAAUUGCCUCACUAAAAAAAAAAAAGAAAAAAUGGCAAUUUCAUGAGAUUGUAAACAUGACAGAAAUUAGACUGUUUUCCACCUUUGUCUCCUGAGACCAAUGGGGGCUUGAUAGAGUUUUGUUGAACGAAAUUGAUUUUUGAGGUCCUUUCUAGGACUCAGAGUCUUUGCUACCUGGGUCUUUAAUGUGCCCAGAACACAUGGGUGCUGAGAAGUUUAAGAAUUGAUAGGAAGUUUUGUCAUCAUCUGGGCGUCAUCAAAGCAAUGAUUUUCAAAUCCCCAAGUUGCUGUGCUAUUCCCACUUUACCCCGAGCUUAUAUGUACAUAUAUAUGUAUCUCUAAUCAAAACAAACCUCAUACCUUGUUUGUAUAGGUUACACACAGACACACACACAGACGACUUCUUCCUCUAAAUAACUAGAAGAAAAGUAGAAUAAGAAGUAGGUUUAAGAAGGCUGCUUCACUUCAUUUUUUAAGAUGAUAAUUCUACCAAGCAAGUGUUAGGAGCUUUUAAAUUCCUUUGGGAUUCUUCUUGUGCAGCUCCUCUGGGGAUUUUUUACUGUUACUUUCUCAAAAGUGAGACUGAAGGUUGGUCAAGAUUCUUAAAAAUGUCUGCAGAGAUGGAAGCAUAUUUCCUUUUCCUUUUUUUUUUUU